UUCAGGAAGGAGUCCUGCUCCUUUUGGUGUGUGAUUCAUAGCAGGACUGCACUGCUCCACGUCAGACAGAAACAUGCAGGACGGAAGCUCUCCGAGAGGCCGGGCCCUCUCUGAAGAGCAGUUUAGCUGCUCCAUUUGUCUAGAGGUGUUUGUGGAGCCCGUCUCCACACCCUGCGGCCACAGCUUCUGCAAGGCCUGCCUACAGGGCUACUGGAACCACAGUAAGAAGUUCAUCUGCCCCAUGUGCAAGAAGAGGUACUCCAGAAAACCUGAGAUGAGUGUCAACAGGGUCCUGGCUGAGAUCUCCUCACAGUUCCAGGGGCUGAUGCUGGCCGGAGGAGCUGGAGGAGCUGGAGGAGCUGGAGGAGCUGUGGGAGCCGGGGCUGCUACCAGGGGAUCCACACUGAAUCUGAGCUCAGAUACAGGCUUUGGGGGCUCUUCAGGGCCCGACACCGGGGAGUUUGCCCAGGCUGGGGAGGUUCCCUGUGAUGCCUGUAUCGGGAGGAAGUUAAAGGCGCUCAAGUCUUGUGUGAAUUGUCCUGGGUCAUUCUGUGAGGCCCACCUGAAAAAUCAUAAGAAGGUGAAGUCUCUGAUAUCGCAUCGCCUGAUCGAACCCACUUUUCACCUGGAGGAGAAGAUCUGUAAGAGACACAAACGUCUUCUGGAGGUCUUCUGCCGCACAGACCACACCUGCAUCUGCACAGUCUGCGCUGAGACCACGCACAAAUCCCACGACAUUGUCUCGUCUGACCACGAGUGGAAGAAGAAGAUGAGUAUUGUGGGGAAGAAGAGGUCGGAGCUUAAACAUUUGAUCAAGGAGAGAUCCAAGAAACUGGACGAGAUUAAACAAUCCAUAAAAGUCAUCAAGGCCAGCGCUCAGAAGGAGUUGGAGGAAAGCUGGCAGGUUUAUGCGGAGCUGCAGCGUAUGGUGGAGCAGAGUCAGGCGGAGUUGGUGGAGCUGAUCACCAUGAGGCAGCGUGAUGCUGAGCGCCACGCUCAGGAACUGGCCCGAGGAUUGGAGAACGAACUCAGCCAACUGAGGAGGAGGAACAAUGAGCUGGAAUCCUACACACAGACCCAGGACAAAGUGGUCUUCCUACAGAACCUGGCGACGCUGCAGUCCCCACCAGAACCCGUUGAUUGGUCUGCGGUCAGCAUCAACACUGACCUCUACCUGGGAACCAUCCGCUCAUCUGUCAGCAGCCUCAUUGACAAGUUCCAGGAGGAGCUCAAAAGGCAGUACGGAAAAGAGCUCCGGAAGGUGCAGAACUAUUCAAGUGAGGUGAUUUUGGACUCUGCCACGGCCCAGAAGAACCUGGUUGUGUCCGAAGACGGUCGCCAAGUGAGAUAUGAUGAGCAUAAGAUCUCUCACACUGACGGUCCGAAGCGCUUCAACCCCGCUCUCUUUGUCCUGGGCCGAGAGGGUCUCACCUCUGGGCGACACUACUGGGAGGUGGAAGUGGGGCGCAAGACUGCCUGGACGCUUGGCGUGGCUACCGCCUCUGCACGCCGCAAGGGUGAGAUCAAGCUGAGUCCUGAGGGGGGAUACUGGUGCCUGUGGCUGAAGAACGGGGAGGUGAAGGCUUUAGCGUCGUACCGCCUGCCUCUAACGCUGCCGUCCCCAAUCACUAAAGUGGGAAUCUUCCUGGAUUAUGACGGAGGCCAGAUUUCUUUCUAUGAUGUGAAGGCUCGUCUGCAUCUCUACAGCUUCCUCGAUACCUUUAAUGAGAGUCUGUACCCAGUCUUUAGCCCCUGUCUCGACCAGGAGGGGAAAAACUCUUCUCCUCUCAUCAUAACCACUGUUAAACACACCUGAGACCAACAGCCAGUCAAAAGCCUGGUGAAUCAGUCAGUAUGGGUUAAACCUUGAUAACAUCUUUAGGACAAAAAGUGCAGAUACUUAUUUUUUUCAUUUUGAACAUGUGAUUUCCUCCUUUAUUUGAUCUUAAAAUAUGAAUCUCUUUUCAGUGAGCAAUGGCAGUUACAGUUGUUUGCAAAGGACUUUACCUCAAACAACUUUCAUUCUAAUGAAAUAAAAACAAAACAAGUGACUUUGCAUAUCAAAAGUACCCGCUGCAACGCUUCCUCAUCAUAUGGACGUGUUCUUGCAUUUGUCAAUUAAAAUCAGGCUCAACACAGAUCCUAUAAAGGCUGUAGACCUACCAAGUGACUGUCUCGAAGUAAUAAAAUGGAAGCAAGCAUCGUGUCAUCAGUUUUAUGUCAGAAGAAACCAAAAUGUAACAUGGAUGGUAUUUUGUUUUGACUGACUUCAUAUUACAGAGAAAUGUAUUUACAAUUUGCUUCUUUAAUAGUAGCCAAUAGUUAUUUUAAACUUUAUACAACUUAUCUCAAAUUUUGUGUAUACAUAAUAAACAACACAGAUAUUUUUCUGUAAAAACAUGUGAAGGAGUAGAGAAGAUUAUUCCAAAGGCCAAAUUUGUCCUGAGGUUUUUAAUUUUGGCAGCACAUGUUAAGAAGAUUGAGUUUGAGUAAUGCUGUACUUUCCCUACUUAUCUUUGUUUACCUCUAACUAUAAGUCUGUGCUGACUUUACAGAUUAAAACAAUGAAGUUGAAUAGAUGUAAAUGUAAUUUCUAAAGUACUAAAGAAAUAAAAAAUAUUUCUGUCUGUUCUGUAGGAAUGUGACAUUGUUUGUAAUUUUUGUAAUGGACUUUUUUUUUUUUUUUAAAACAAAAGCUGGGUUAGGCAACAUUGCAGCUAGAUUUAGAUUUAAGAAGUAUCCAAAUUAAAAAAAUCUGUCUUCCUCCAAAGCCACUACCCCAAAACACAUUUUCAUGCUCAGUGAGUGCAAAUUAAAUGAUUGGCUAUGCUUAUUACAGCCACAGAUACCAGAGUUGUUUUUUUCAUUUUUGUGUCAGAGCAUUUGAUUUAUUGAUUACUGUUGGUAUGUAAAGAGUUUCAAUAAAUAUAACAACAACAAAAAUACUUUGCCUUCCCCAGCUUUAAUAUAGACGCAGAGUUAUUUCAUGAAUCAUGAUACUAUGUUCUGUAUUUUUAUAUUAAACAUUCGCUUUUGUACUUUCUUUCUGAACUUGUUCAUUAAAGAUCAUAAGUCACAAACGAA